GUAUGUUAAGGGACCCUCGUCGCCACCGAGCCAUAUUAUAAGCGUGGUAGUGGGACUAACCGUCCUUCUAAUUGUCCUUUGUAUGAUAGCUGUUGUGUGUUACAGAAAGAGGCGAACACAUAAAAAAAGAAAUGAAAAAGAAGAAAAUAUCCAUUUACUACCUCUAGAUAUACCACCGUUCUACAAAACUUCAAUUUUCCACAAAGCAAAUGCUUUUCUCAAAGACGGUGGUAAAAUUCUGUGUUUGAUUGGAGAAUGGGGAUCUGGGAAAUCGACAAUGGCCAAAGAAGUUUAUAUGUCCCGUACUGGAAGAACACCAGUUGUUAUAGAGGACAUAUUGAAGUUUGAUGUGAGUACUUGUCAGGACUCUUUUAUCGUUGAGGAACCAUUACCAAGAGAGAGCAUUUCUGAUAAAGAAACAAGAGAUAUUGUAGAAAAGAUGAUUUCUUUAUGUAAACAAAUACAGACAUCUAAUGACAUAUUUCUAAUAAUCACUUCAACUGAGGAAGCCUGGGGAAAAAUUACAGGGAAAAUCAAGGAUUGCGUAGAACAAAGUAAUGAUUUAUGUUGUCUUGAUAUAAAUUAUAAGAGUUUGACAAACGCAGACUUGAUGCAAAUCCUUCACACCAUCUUCGAACAUUACAAUCCAGAUACACCGUUUACUAAUGUAGAAAAAGCUGCUUCAAAGAUGAGCGCUGAAUCAUUUGGUUUCCCAGAAAUAUGCACAUUGUUGUCGAGAUGUAAAGAAUUUCAAAACAGUCCUGUUGUGUUUCUGAAUAGACCAUUGCGUUAUUUAAGUUUAUAUUUAGAAAACAUGACUAAAUCUCCUGAGGGAAAAGAAAAGUUUGCAAUAAUGGUAUUUAUGAGUGUAAAUGAUAUGAAAAUAGAUGUUAAUGAAUUGAACGAGAAGCUUAGGAAAAUAUUUAGAACGUGUGGUCUCAACGCAGACAAAAAAGUGCAGUUACAAAAGAUUUUACCACUGGAAUUCGUAUUACAGGUAGAUUCGUCAGUUUAUGUGUUACAACAUGAAAUUAUAAAGAGAAUAACUCUUAUAACUUUUGGAAAGUUUUACUUCUCAGAUUUACUUAAGUUUUCUUCGAAGAAAGAUUUGGUAGGCUGGAUUAAACUCAAGAAGACACACAUUUUUACAAAGUUGUUGGACGGUACACAGCAAGCGUCGGAUAUAGAACCAGUUCUUGAAAUUAAUGAGGAACAAUGGAUUGAAUAUCUGAAGAAAAUGGAGAGUACAUCUCAACCAACAUGUGAGAAAAGUGAUAUAACAAAUGACAAACAUAAUAUUGACCUCUGAAUGAAGAAUAUGGAGAUAACGAAUAGUAUUCAAUAUCAAAGUCCAUAAAACAAUAAAAAACUGGAGCAAAGUACACACGGACCUCUAAAACAUCAGAGGUGGGAUCAGGUGCCAUGGAGGAGUGAGCAUCCCCUGCCCACCGCUCACACCCGCCGUGUGCUCCUUGUCAUGAACGGGGAAUAACGGAAAAUCCGUCGUCAAAUCAGUGUA